AUGGAAAAACGCAGUUUAAAGUUUCUAACUAUCGGCGACAAAAUAAAAAUUAUUGAAGAAGCCAAAAAAGGAGUGAAACGCAAAAAAGAUAUUGCGAGUGAAUUCGGUAUUCCUGCAAGUACCUUAUCAACUAUAUUGAAGGAUAAAGACAAAAUAUUCAGAGCAGUUGAAGAAGUCCCCUGCUUACCACGCCGGAAAAGAUUUAAUGCAUCAAGCUUUUCAGAAAUUGAGUAUGGUAUGACGGAAUGGAUAAAGCGAGUAAGAGAUUAUAAUUUACCCAUUUCAGGACCGUUAAUUCAAGAUAAAGCAGCAGAGUUCGCAAAGAAUUUAGGCCUCACAUUUCAAGCUAGUUCGGGAUGGCUGGAAAAUUUUAAAUCGAGGAACGGAAUCGUAGAAAAAAUCAUAUCAGUUUCAGCCGUAUUGCGUCAUACAUGUAACCGGGCACAACACAAGCAAUAGUCCGUGCGAAGUUUCUACAAGAUCAACUCGAACAGAAUUACGCUACCAUUCGUUCCAUGAUUGCCAUCGGCU